AUGGCACCUAGAAGGAAACAAGUCGACGAGAGUUCUGACUUGGACGAAGUUGAUGCAUUUAAUGAGAAUAGAUCAAAGAUAUUAUUAAACCAGGCAGGAGAAUAUGGUCGUGAAAGAGACGAUGAGGAUGAAGAAUCGGAGGAAGAAGUAAUGAAGAUGGACGAUGAUGAAAGCGACGAUGAUGACGAGAACGAUGAUGAAGAUGAUGAAGAAGAUGAAGAAGAUGAAGAUGAAGAAAAUAUUGAAGAAGAAGAAGAGGAGAAAGGUUGGGGAGGAAGAAAGAAUUAUUAUGGAGGUGAUGAUGCAAGUGAUGAUGAAGAUUCUAAGAGAAUGACAGAGGAAGCCUUAAGACAACAAAGAAAACAUUUACAAGAUUUAGAAAUGGAUGAUUUUAUUGAUGAAGAUUUAAUGGAAGAUUGGCAAAAGAAAGCUGAUACAUUUGAUAAUAAAGACACCUCCAUUUCAGUAAUAAAUACGGAUACCAAAUUAGAUCAGCUAGAUGAUUCCGAAAGAUUAAAUUUAUUAAAGCAAUCGUUUCCAGAAUUUAUACCGUUGACUAAAGAAUUGCAAAAAUUACAACCAACACUAGAAGAUCUUAAAAAAUUAGACCAAAAUAAAUGUAUAACUAUUAAAAUAGCGGCAUUAUCAGGUUAUUUGGCAUCGAUUUCAUCAUAUCUAGCAAUAUUUGUUGACAAUUUACGAAGUGGGGAAAAUUUCACAAUGAAAGAACAUCCUGUCAUGGAAACAAUACUAAGUUCGAGAGAAGUUUGGAGACAAGCCAGUGAAUUACCGGACGAUACAAAGGAAGAAUUUGAAGAAAUAACACAUGAUCUUGUGUCGAGUGAUAUAGACGAAAAUGAUUAUGAGGAUGCAAGAGAAGAUCAUGCAGAAGAAAUAGAGGAAGAAGAGGAAGAAGAAGAAGAGGAAGACGAAGAGGUAGAGCAGGAAGAAGAAGAAGAAGAUGCAGAGGAAGAUGAAGGACAAGUAACAAAAGGUCCACAAGAUAAUAUCAUUAUAGACACAACCAAACAAAGAACUAUAAGGCGAGCUCCAACUAAAGGUAAUGAUGACGAUUUUGCAGAAGCAGAAAUUGAAGAUGUAGAUAUGGAAGAUAAGAAACGUCGUAAAAAGACAUUAAGAUUUUAUACAGCUAAAAUUGAUAAAGCAGCUGCUCAAAGAAAUAAAGUAUAUUCAGGUGAUGGUGAUAUGGAUGUACCGUAUAAGGAGAGAUUAUAUGAAAGACAACAAAAAUUAAUAGAAGAAGCAAGAAAAAGAGGUCUUGAUAAAAGAGAUAUACCUCAAGAUAACAAUGAUGAUGAUGAUAUUAAUGACAAUGAUUUUGAUAAUGUAGAUUAUUAUGAUAAAUUGAAACAAAGCAAACAAUCUAAAUCAGAAAAUAGAAAACUUGCACAUAAUGCUGCAGUAAAAGCUGCUAAAGAAGGCAAACUUGCAGAAUUACAAGAAGAAAUUGGUGAUGAUGGUAAAAGAGCAAUUAAUUAUCAAAUUCUUAAAAAUAAAGGUCUUACACCACAUCGUAAAAAGGAAUAUAGAAAUUCAAGAGUUAAAAAGAGAAAACAAUAUGAAACAGCAAAGAAAAAACUUAAAUCAGUUAGACAAGUUUAUGAUAGUGAAAAACAUAAAGGUCCUUAUGAAGGUGAAAAGACUGGUAUUAAAAAAGGUUUAUCAAGAUCUGUAAAACUUAUUUAA